AUGUGGCGUCUCAAUAGCAUCCGGUUUUAUUCUAUAAUAAACUACAAGGUACAUAUUACGUUUACUCUGAUACACAAGGUAUAAAAAUAAAUAUAUCAAAUAAAAUAAUCGCGGUAAUGAAAAUUAGUGUCACGUGGUGACCACCCACGUUUCGUAUUGUGGAUAAACAAGGAGGAGAGAAAUAAUAGUGCGUGUUUCAUCCAGUUUACAGACUUGAGUACAGAUCAGCAAAAAUAAAGAGAGUAAAAGAGGGAGAGAGAGAGAUCGAGAGUGAAAGAGUGAGAGAAAAAGAGAGAGAGAGAUGACAAGCACGCGGGAUGUGCACACAUAUAAAGGAUAGAAAUAAUCAGUACGGUAAGAGAGAAGCAGUGUACAGGAACAGAAACACGAAACUUGUGUGUCUGUUUUGUGGGUUAACAUCCGCUAUUGUAUUGUGUAUUAAGAGAGAGUAUCAUACCAAUAGCAGUAGACAACAGGGACAGGGACAGGGUGGGCCGGCCAUAUUACGAAGAAAUAGACACACGAGUGCUGCGUGCGUGCGUGCGUGUAUAUUUGUUAUAAAACACGUUACGAAUAUUAAAUAAAAUAAAAAGUUAAAAAAUAAUAAAAUUAAGUACACUAGGGUGUACUGAUAGUUUUUAGUGGCUUUGCCACGAUGUCGUCAACAUAUUCACGUACUCAAGAGAGUGACGCAUGGGCGCUUCUUGCUCUUAAAUCAGCACCGGCUAGUCCAACGAGAAUGCAAUGGAAUCCAGAAACAAAAGUAACACCAAUUGCACGAUUAGAGGGUCGUGAAUUUGAGUACAUGGUACGUCAAAGAAGAAUCACAAUUGGGCGAAAUAGUAGUCGUGGUGAGGUUGAUGUUAAUAUGGGCCAUUCAAGUUUUAUUUCACGUCGGCACUUGGAAAUAUUUUAUGAUCAUCCAUAUUUUUUCAUGACGUGCAACGGUAAGAACGGAGUUUUUGUUGAUGGUGUUUUUCAACGUAAAGGAGCGCCUGCUUUUCAAUUACCUAAAUCAUGUACAUUUAGAUUUCCCAGUACAAAUAUAAGACUUGUAUUUCAAUCUUUAGUGGAUGAACAAGAACCAGGAAAUGUUCGUGAUGGAUCACCACCAAAACAAAGAGGAGCAUUAUUACCACCGUUGCGAAUUAAUAUUCCUGAUACAGGAUACAGUAGUCCUUUUCCAUCUCCAACAGGUACAAUUAGUGCUGCAAAUUCUUGUCCAGCUAGUCCUCGAGCUGGUCAAAGUCGACGAAAUAUUUCAGCAGAUUUACAAAUGGUUGCUGCUUAUGCCGCAGCAGUUGCUAGUGAUCCUCAAAAUUCUGGUAGUGAUCGUCAAGAUUCUGGUCAGAGUUCGAGUAGACAAAUGAGUCCUGAGUCUGGUAGUGAUUCACGGUAUCGGAAUAGUAGUACAUCUGGUCCUAAUGGCACUACGGGACAUUACAGUUCAUCUAAAGAUGAGUCGAAACCGCCGUACUCAUAUGCUCAAUUGAUAGUUCAAGCAAUUGCAUCAGCUCAAGACAAACAGCUUACACUUUCUGGCAUUUAUUCUUAUAUUACCAAACAUUAUCCAUACUAUAGAACUGCGGAUAAAGGUUGGCAAAAUUCAAUUAGACAUAAUUUAUCAUUGAAUCGGUAUUUUAUUAAAGUACCUAGAAGUCAAGAAGAACCUGGUAAAGGUUCAUUUUGGAGGAUAGAUCCUCAAUCAGAGGCUAAGCUUAUUGAGCAAGCUUUUAGAAAACGAAGGCAGCGUGGUGUUCCUUGUUUCCGUGCCCCUUUUGGUUUGUCUUCAAGGAGCGCGCCAGCCUCACCAUCUCACGUAGGACUUUGUGGUAUUAUGACGCCUGAAUGCUUAAGUAGAGAAGGUUCUCCAGGGCCUGAAUCUUAUCCAGACAGUUCAGUUUCAUCACCAGCUGGUCAGUUGUCGAGUCAAUCUGCUCCCGGCUCACCUGGCCAUCCGUAUGUUCCACCACCAGCGCCUUCUAAUAAAAAUCGUCUCGUACAACAAAUUACAGUUGUUACUAAUGGAAUUGGUGGUGAUGCUUCUAGAGAAGAUAAAUACGUGGUGCCAGGAAAUAUAAUGGAAGAACAAAUGUUAUCGCCUGCUGGCCAAUAUAGUCCAGCUCCUGUUAUUGUUCAAACUUAUAAUUACAGUGGUACAUUUGUUGGUCCUGACACAAGUGUUGGAAUGAGUAAAAGAACUCAUGAAGAACCAGAUAGUUCCCCUGGAUCUCCUGCUCCACUUUCGAUUGUCGAGAGUCCGGAGCCUUCAGACCAUCAACAACAAAAACGACAACGCGUUAAUGAAGUAGACGAACACUGAAUCAAUUCAUUUAGUGUCUUAUUCUAAUGAUGUAGAACAUUGUUAUGACAUUAAUUUUCUAUUGUCAGACUAAUCCUCCGCUCGUUUGUAAUUAUAACGAAUAAUUACCUCUUAUAUGAUUGAAAAUCACUAUAUAUUUCAAACUUAUUUUUUUUUCUUCUUUAGGUCUUAUUAUACUUAUGACAUAAUUGUCUUUAAACGGCCGUGAUAUUGUAAAAUUAUUUGUUAUUAUAAUAGUCUUUAAAAAAAUAUUUUUUGUAGUUUAUUUGUAAGAAAUAAUUUCUUUUUUCAAUAUACUAGAUCAAAUUUAUUAAGUUUUAAUGGAUAAGACAAAUGUGUUUUUAUUUUUCCGAGUGGAUGGUCUGUCUGACUAUAAUAGCCUGGAGCCUUAAUCGAUUCCUUGUUUAAUGCAAAAAAAAAAAAAAAGAAAAAAAAAAAUUAAAAGCUUGUUAAUUCAAUUAAUCAUAAUGACAGUUAUAUAUUAUGCAAGUAUAAAAAAUAUUUGCAUCAUUAAACAAAAAAAUUUUAUAAUUCAAAUUAUAAACAUUUAUUAUUAAUUGAAGUUCUAAAUGUUUUAUUAAAAUUUAUGGUAGUAAGCUUAAAGCGUCAUACAAUUUAAUUUAUUAGGUUAUUAUUCAAUUUUUUGAACUAAUUUAAUUUUAACGAUUAUUAAUUUGACCAA